GCUGAGGUAGUCAAUAAAGUUGUUCACGCGUCGCCUCCACAAUAAAGUUAUUCAAUACCGGAUCUCCAGCCACGUCUUCGCUAGGCCUCGCUUCGCCGCUGCAGAUCGUGUCCCCGUGUCCCCGUGUCCACGCCUCCACGCCAAUUAGACCAACUACAUCGUUAUCAGACGUUGCUUGGCAACUGCGCCGAACUAAUUAAGCCGCAAUGACUAAUGUCUAUUCGCUCGACGGCCUCCUUGUGUUUGGACUCCUGCUCAUCUGCACGUGCGCCUACUUCAAGAAGGUCCCGCGUCUCAAGCAGUGGUUCCUGUCCGAGAAGAAGGGGGUCUGGGGAGUUUUCUAUAAAGCGGCAGUUAUUGGAUCGCGAUUGCACAUCCCUGUCGCCGUUUCCUGCAUCAUGAUGGGAUUUUACGUCAUGUUCAUCAAGUGAAGGCACGCGACCCCCCCCCCCUUCCCCCGGAGUGCUGCGUGAUGACCGAUAGUGGACACUGCGAAGAGGCAGCGUGGGUGUUAAAUGAAUGUCAAUCCACAGCCAACCUGCUUUUGGCCGGCUCUCAAUGAAACGCCGUCUUGUUGCUGGGGACUUGUACACGUUCAAACGCCGUUGGAGGCUUCAAUGUCUGACCCUGUGCGAGUGAUAUUUUUUUGUAGUAAAUGUAUAUGCCUUAGGGAUGGUCUGGCAGAGUGUUUAGAAUACAACAAUUGUACAAAGAUAUAACUUUAGACUUUAUUUUAAAUUUGGGGCACCUGUUUUGGAGUAUGAUUUGUUAUAAUUACCUGAUCACUUUAAGUUUUGACAUUACAUUCUCUCUUAAUAUUAUAGCCCUUCAAUUGCACAUUCAGCUCUGCCUGUACAGGAAUUUAAAAAAACUUUAGGUGAAACCUAAGUACAUUUGUGCUGACAUGUGCUGAUUUUUAUCUGCAUAUUACACUUAUUUGUGCUAAUUUGAAAAAAAUCAAGACGUGACCUUUAAAAUGAUAAAGAGCCAUGUGUAUAACUUUUUUUGCGUGGAUGGUGAUUGCUCAGCUGAUUUCAGAUGACACAUACAUUGUUUUGGCAUUUCCCCCCAUCGGAUAGCUUUGCAAGAUACAACUUGACUGGAAAAAAUAUCUGAUUCUAAUGAUCCAAUUUAAUGUUGCCAGUGUCGCAGUUUCAUGGUGAGAUGACUGCCAUGCAGACCCACUGUUUUUACAAAGGAAGCACGGUACUGAAAUAACACGAUUAUACAACAUUGUGCACAAGGUGUCAUAGGAACACCGGGCUAUUUCUGGGGUGGAAUACCCUGGUAUGUCUGUGUUCUUAACCUGAUGAUAUCCAUGAAAAACAAAUUAGCCUAUUUACAAAUUGUAAAUUAUUUGUAUUGCUUUCUAUAUCAUAGAAAUUUUACAUCAAUAUAAAUGAUAGGUAAAUGAAACCCCACUGAAAACCACAAGCCAAUUCCGGAGCGCACAAUCCAAUGCUACGGUAGUUUCUGCACAUUACUGAACUCGGGCUGUCGAGCGCGUAAUGUUUCUGCGCAAGCGUGGAGAUGCAGUUAACAAUUCGGCAUCGCUUUGCUCGAUUCAACUUUUCAAGUUCAUAGCGGUGCCUCAACCCCCCCCCCCCCCCCCCACGACCUUCCAUUGCAUGUGGGACAUAGAAUAUCUGUGCCCACGUUAUAGUGAGAACAUGCUGUAUAAUAGAUGAUUUCUUUUUAGUCCAUGGGCCAGAGCAGAAAUUGGUACCACCAAAGAUGGAAAUAUACUCUUAGUCUUACCGAUUUAUUUAGAUGAUUAGUACAAGUUAUUAUUUGAUAAUGCACUCAUUCCAGAUGGUUAUUACAGUUUAAUGUUGGUGGCCACAUAAAGACAGAUCUAUUAAAAUGAUGCCCACUUCAGGUGGUACCGACAAAUUAAACAUGGUGCUGGCUUGUGGACUACCAAUGCUUCAGACAGAAUUGCCAAUUCUUUUGGGUUUAAGCUGGAGGGUUAAGCCAUGAAGGUUGUUUUGUGGGCUCCGUAAAAAAUGUAAUUAUUUCUCAUAGCGUUUUUUAAGCACUUCAAUGCAUAUUACGCCGUUACAAAAAUAGGCAAUGUAGUUUCACAUGUCUCAAUGGGUUUAUUUAAUCUGGUUAAAUUAAAUAUACUACUACAUGUGGGGGAUGGUCAAACGGUUUUUUUCAUUCACUACACAUUGUUUCGGUACAAAUGUUAAAGGUCUAUGAUAGCAUCACCCGCAAUGUGCCCAGUUUCAUCGCAGCCUAGCAGGAGUGAACCCGGACUGUGCUUUGAUGGGUAACCACAAGGUGUAUUCUUCUUUCGUAUGGCAUGUAAGCAACAGUUUGUAUAGAUGUCAUCGUUGAAGAUGACCACCAGGCAUAGAUGGGUGCUGUGGACUGCUGCGGGGCUGCGUGGUGUUCAGCAAAGCGUUGCAGCAAACUCCUAUUGUACUGCGCCAUUCUCCUGCAUCUAAGCUUCCUCCCUUCACAGGCCCGCACUGAGCAGCCUGGUGAAGUAUAGUUGGAAUGACGCCCAUGACCAUCGCAGGUUGUGGAUGCCCUCAUCCAGCAGCGGCUUCACAAAGGCUUCUCAGUGUACAUAAUUUACAGAGAAAGUGCAUGUAUUUUAAGGAAAAAAUAACAUAAUUUAUGAAAACCCCAUUUUCUAAUACUUUUUGACUACCCCCAUUAUUUUGCUGGUGGUGGUGGGGAUUGUUCACAGUGCAGUGAACGUUGUAAUAUGAUGUAAGUUUGCAUUUAUAAUGUAAUAAAUAUUCUGUGGGGAUGAAUACUGUGUCCUGUGUUCGCAUUGGUUUAAAUGGUCCACGGCUUUAUGACAAAGCCCGGUUGUAACCUCUCGUCGUUUAAUAGCCAGCUCCUGCGAUGCACCAACCAAUGUAUAUAUUAUAACGCUCGUAUUUCCUCAGCCAGAGGGCAGCCGUUUCAUCGGCAGCAGCGUGGACGGAGGGCCCCGAUGUCACCGUUGGGCCCGAUCAGGGCCCCCGCGGCGACAAUGAACCUCGUUAAACCGGUUGACUGAAAGCAAAGUACCGAAACGUCGCGGUGAGAUUGGGCUAUUACAAAAAAAUAAAAUCAAUUUAAUU